AUGGCCGGUGGUGGUGGAUCUUCGAAAUCAACGGCUCCCAAGGCGAGGAAGAGAGUUGAAGCUGAAACCAAAACCGAAACCACUAACAACAACAUCAAUACGUUACUUCGCGCUAAAGAUGGCAGCGCCUUUGCUCGUUGUGAGGGAUGCAAUAAGAAUGUAGCGGUUGCGCUUAUUAGUAUGCAUAAUUGUAGCCUCGACGCUAAAAUUCGAGUCAAUCUCGAAGCUCAAGUUGUUGAGACACAAACCGAGGCUAAGAAGAAACCUGUUGAGAGGAAGAAGUCAACAUCUGAUGAACCUAAGCCAAAGAGACUCAGGAAGGCCAAGGAUGAGAACAAGAAGAAGAGCUCUUCCUUAAACAAACCCAAGCGACCUCUCACUGCCUUCUUCAUUUUCAUGGCUGAUUUCCGCAAGACUUUCAAAGAAGAGAAUCCUGACGCUGGCGUUAAGGAUGUUGCAAAGCAAGGUGGUGAAAAGUGGAAGUCUCUGGAUGAGGAAGAGAAGAAAGUUUAUUUGGAUAAAGCUGCUGAGCUAAAGGCUGAAUAUAACAAGUCAUUGGAGAACAGCAACGAUGCUGAUGAGGAAGAAGUGGAUGAGGAGAAGGAAGCUGAUGAUGUUGAUGAUGGUGAGGAGAAAAAAGAUGAUGAUGCUGAGGAGAAGGAAGCUGAUGAAGAGGCUGAUGAGAAUGAAGCUGAGAAGAAAGAUGGUGAAGGUAAAGAAGAGGAAGAUGAGAUUCUGGAUGACUACUAG